AUGCGGCCCACACUUGAGCGGCGCCAUGCCCGUCUGGUGGAGACCCUCCUCCAGGAUCCGGAGACCUACUUGCAUCCGGAGCUGCGUAUCGCGGCCGAUGCCCACGGUGGCAUGGGUCUCUUCAUGAAUUUGCCUCUUCCGCCUGGCGGCGCCGCAGGCACCGAUGAUGCCGCCAUCCCGCUCUGCUUCAUCCCCGGGAAGUUUGUGCUCACCGACCAACGGCUGACCGGUGUCCGGCCAGUCCGCCGUGCCCUGGCCAGCCUGGAUGCCCUGCUGGAGGGGACGGACGCCCCGCUGGUCGACCGCCUGGUGGCCCUGUACCCCGGCUGUGUGGACGCCCUGCAAGACAUCGACCCGGACCGGCUGCGCCCUGGGACCCCCCUGCGCACGCGCCUGGGCAUCCUGCUGUGCUUGCUGCUGGCACGGGCGCACGCCCGCCGGGAGGGCCUCCUCCCGACGGCCGCCGCCCCGGCACUCGCCUUCGAGGACACCUUCGCGGGGCUGCCGGGCUUCUGGCCCGACGCCGGUGCCGGGGCUGCCCAGCCCACCGAGGAGGCCCAUCUGAUCGAGUAUCUGCCGGUGCUGAUGGCCGCCUGGCCGACGACCCCCCCGAGCCUGAAUGCCUGCCUCUAUGGACCGGCCGGCGAGCUGGCGUCUCGGCUGCUGCGUGGCACCGGGCUUGGCCCGGCGGUUCUGACCAAGCGCAUGCACUUGCUCGGCCUGGAGCUACCGGUGCUGCGGGUGCUGGUAUGCCUGCUGGCGCUGGAUGGUCCGGGCUGCCCGGCUGGGCCCCUGGCCGGGGAGGAGCUCCUUGCCCCGGGGGAUCUCCUCUGGGCGGAUGGGGCCUUCCGGUCGCGGGUCUUCCGCGGCCCCUUCCUGGCCGGCAGUCCUGGGACUGGCCCGAGCGAAGCCAUCGUCGAUGCCCUGGUGCCCGUGGUGGACUAUUGCAAUCAUCGCGUGGCGGCGACCGGCCGAGUCACGGCCGCGGCCGCCGAAGGAGCGGCAUCGGCACCGGUCGCCGAAGGAGUCGCAUCGGCAGCGGUCGCCGAAGGAGCGGCAUCGACACCGGUCGCCGAAGGAGCGGCAUCGGCACCGGUCCCCUCGCGGCAGCCGGCCGACCACCUUUUUGCCCAGUGGCAGGCAUCCUUCGACGGGGUGACCAUCUACUCGGCGGACCCGGUGCUGACGGCGGCCGCCGGACCAGCCGGCCAGGAGCGCGCUCUGGUUCCCCUGCUGACAUCCUACGGUGAUAAGGGCUCCGACGAGCUGAUCUUCCAGUAUGGCUUCUUCCCCGAGGCCGAGGCCAAUCCCCAUGAUCGGCUGGUCCUGUCGGUGGCCGGGCCCCAGGCACUGGCCCAAUCGAUGGCCUUCCAGGACAGCCUGGCCGCCGAUGACGCCGCCUGCGGGGGAGUGGGCAUCCGGGGUGACGAAUUCCCGGCACACCGUGAGGGCCUGAUGCAGGCGCUUGGCCUUCCGCCCCGGUUGACCCUCGAGCGGGCUGCCUCGGGCCGGGGCUUUUCCCUGAAUCCCACGAGCCGGAUGGCCCUGAACAUUCAAACACUCCGCGUUGCGGAGUUUUUCCACCUGCAGGAAGCCCUUCAGGCGGCCAUCUGCGAGGAGUGUGGCGCGCUGGCCUGCGAGUGUCCUGCUGACGAUGCCCCAGUCCGGCACGGGCGCCAGCACCUGCGGCGUCUGCUGGCGGACCCGGUGUCGCCGCGGCACGGUGACGAUGCGGCGGCCUUCCUCGUCGAGCUCCUGCAGCGACAGCGCAGUCUCAUCAACCUGGCCGACCUGGAUGCCGACCAUCGGGAAGCAGCACACCCGGAGGCGGUGGAGGCCCAUCAGCAGGCGCUGCACUCUCUGGCCGCCUUCGCUCGAUCGCAGGCGGCCAUGCUCGACCAGGCAAUCGAGGCCGGUCACGGCAUCUACUUUGGUGUGUGAUUUGGCCAUCACGUGCUGCGCGCUGUUUGGCGACAACUACGGCGCUCCGCGGAAAUAUACUCCCCCCUCGGGAACGGGCCUCCCUACACCCGGCA